CAAUUUUUUAGUUGCAGUGCGCGGGUCGAAUUUUGUAGAAUUUUCAUUGCUUUUUAAUUAAUUUUAAACAGCAUAGAAAUUAGAGAAUUUUUUUUUCUUUCCUAAUUUUAUCUGACAAAUAGAAAUUUAACAAACAGAAAAAAAAUCAUGUCUCUCGUUUAUAAAAAUUCAAUGAAAGCCUUAGGAAAAUUUGUGCCAGGAUCACUUCAGCCUUUGUGGAAUCAUCCAGCUGGUCCACAAACGAUUUUCUUCUGGGCACCGGCUUUUAAAUGGGGGCUUGUGAUGGCUGGUCUAGGAGAUCUAAAUAGACCAGCGAGUCAAAUAUCUCUCGGCCAAACAGGGGCAUUAUGUGCAACGGGAAUAAUUUGGACACGAUAUUCCUUAGCAAUUACACCAAAAAAUUGGAGUUUAUGUAGUGUUAACUUUUUCGUCGCGUGCACUGCACUAUAUCAAGUAUUUAGAGCAGUAAAAUAUCAAAGAGAGCAAGAUGCGUUAUUAGCAUCCUCAACGAACGGGAAAUGAUAACAAGUUUCCAAUAAUAAAAUAAGAACUCAAACAAUUAGGAACCAAUUAACUCAAUUUUAGAAGAAAAAAUCGAAGAGAGAAAAAAUUUUUCUCGACGAAAUGCUAUAAACAGCAUUGACAAAUUAAAUUUACAAUUAUGAAUUAAGUUAGAAAAUUAUCAAUUAACUUCCAAACAUUCCCAGUAUAGCAGAAUUUUUAAAUAUUUUAUUCUAGUUUGUAAAUUAAUGAGAAAUUCUAGUUUUUUGUUGUAUUGGGAGUUAUGUAAUUGUUAUGCUUCGCAUAAUGUUACGUUUGCCUCGACAAAUGUUACCUAUAAGAUGAAAGUUUCUGCUGGGAAGUGUUGCGUUAGUGAAUUAAAAAAAAAAUUGUAAAAUAUAUUUUUUCGUAAGUACCUGUUACUCAUUGUAAAUGACAAUUACUAUGGGAGUGGAAAAUUUUCAAGUGAGAGAAACAACUUCCAUACUCUUUUCCGUAAGCAAAUUAUUUAGACAAUUUUAAUCGACUCAACAAUUUAGAAUUAAACAGAAACUGACGCUGGUUACGUGAAAAAAUAUUGUUAAAUGAAUUUUAUCGAAAUUAAUAUUAAUUAAAAGAAUUUAUUGUAUAAUUCGAACAAAAUAUACGUAUUUUUGUUACAAAAAGACAA